AUGUCAGGUUGUAUCACUCUGCCUAUUUUUACCGUAGAUGCCUUUGCUGGUGCAUCCUUUGAGGGAAAUCCCGCAGCUGUUUGUCCUCUGGAUUUUGAUGCUAACAUUAGUGAGGAUGAGAUGCAAAAAAUUGCCAUGGAAAUGAAUCUGUCCGAAACGGCAUACCCAAGAGUAUUAGCUGACGGAGAUUCUUUUAAAGAAAGUAGUAAAUUUGGAUUACGAUGGUUCACACCUGAAGCUGAAGUUAGUUUGUGUGGUCAUGCUACUCUCGCUACAGCUUCAAUUAUAUUUAACAAAUUUGGUAAUCUUUCUGAAAGAUUAACAUUUGAAACAUUAAGUGGUGAUUUAUUGGUGGGAAGAAAUGAUGGAUCCAUGUUAGAGAUGAAUAUUCCCACUGGGGUCACUGAGCCACAGGUAACCAAAACAAAGGUUACCCGUUUCUUAAUCCGUAUCAUCAGCUUGACUUUGAGUAUUCCUACGUCCUAUAUUCUUUUGGUGUAUUACAGGAAGGAAUUUGAAGAUUGGAGGUUUAACAUCACAAAUUUACCGAAAUCCACCGAGAUGAAACCGACCUUAGUCAUAGUAACAAUAAGAGGUAUACCGGAUAAAGAUUUUCAAGACGAUGUUGGUCAACAGUAUGACUUUCUAUCAAGAUGUUUCGCACCGUGGGUUGGGAUAAAUGAAGAUCCUGUAACAGGUUCAGCUCAAGUUGUUCUGGCGCAUUAUUGGCAGAAAAUACUGAAUAAAACAGAUUUAUUCACUCGACAAGCAUCUAAACGAGGUGGUAAUAUCAAGAUAAAGUACCACGGGGAUCGAGUUGAUAUAUAUGGCAAAGCUAAGAUGAUGAUGGAGGGAAUUUUACAUUUGAAAUAA